AUGCCAGUCUGGCGUCAAGCAAGUGCAGGAGACAUUCCUGGUCUCCUUCAAGUCAGCGAUGUGGUGCAUCCAUCCCUGCCAGAAAGUGACUCAGUCUACAAAGAGCGCGUCCAGCUCUUUCCCGGCGGCUGUUUGGUGUUAGUCGACCUCGAAAAGAACAAAGUUUGCGGCUAUGCCAUCUCCCACCCGGUCCUUCAAAGCAGGCCACCUGCACUCGACAGCCUGCUGGGUCAGAUAGCACAUGAUGCAGACCAGUACUACAUCCACGACGUUGCGAUUCUCCCAGAGUUUCGCGGGCAGGGUCUAGCAGCCGAGUGCAUUGAGAGGUUGCUUGAGGUUGGAAACCAGUACAGCAGUACGUGUUUGGUUUCUGUGUACGGUACGCAGCAUUUCUGGGCUCGAUUUGGAUUUGUGUCUGGUGCGGUUGACGAGGUUAUGGUGGAAAAGCUGCGCGGUUAUGGUAAAGACGCAGUCUACCUCACGCGGGAAAAUUUUGUUCGAUAG